AUGGUGAGGCGAUCUGGUGGGGCGUCGACAAGUACAUCUUCGUACGGAGUCGCGCCGCACAGCGCGUCGAAUAGCGAUCAUGGUGCUGCCAAGAGUGAUCACCGCUCUUGGCAAGAUGCGUACAUGGACGAUGAAGUGAUGGAAUGCCCUCUGUGUCUGGAGGAAAUUGACAUUUCGGAUGUCAACUUCAAGCCAUGCCCCUGUGGGUACCAAAUCUGUCGGUUCUGCUGGCACCAUAUCAAGCAGAACUUGAACGGACGGUGCCCAGCGUGCCGACGCAAGUACUCAGAUCAGGCCAUUGAAUUCAAGCCUAUGACGACAGAAGAAAUCAUGCGUUUGACCAAUGCGAAAAAGAACAAGGAGCGAGAAAAGAAGGAGAUGGAGGCCAGCAACCGGAAGCAUCUCGCGAACAUGCGUGUGGUGCAGAAGAAUUUGGUGUAUGUGGUCGGCCUAAGUCCCAAACUCGCGCGGGAAGAAUUCAUUCCUACGCUCAAGGGUCCUGACUACUUUGGCCAGUACGGCAAAGUCGCCAAGAUUUUGAUCAGCAAGCGCAUUUCCUCGCACAAAUACGGCCAUGGCUCGCAUGACCCGUCGAUCGGUGUGUAUGUGACGUACCAGAGCAAAGAAGAUGCUGCUCGUGCGAUCGUCGCGAUUGACGGCAGCAAAGAGCCUGGGGGCCGUAUUAUUCGCGCGAGCUACGGAACGACGAAAUACUGCACAGCGUACCUACGCAAUAUGCCAUGCUCCAAUCCUGGGUGUACGUAUCUGCACGAGCCUGGGGAGGAAGCCGAUUCGUUCACCAAGGAAGACUUGGCGACGUUGCGGCAUGCUGCUAAAGAUACCGAGAACAAAAUCAAACCUGCCUCCAUGCAUCUCAUGCCGAUUACGGCGAAGAAGCCGAUGGACUCGCCUGUGUUGGCCACGGCAUCGCUGGCCACGCCGAACGAGUCGACCGAAGGCUCGGCGCUGCCGCGCACGGCGUCGUGGGCCGCCGCUGGGCGUCCUGCUAUGACGGCGCAGGAUGCGUCGACGGUCAUCGCGCCGGGGCCGCAUGAUACGCAAGCCUUCCCUGGCCUGUCCGCUGUGAAAGAGGCGGCUGUGGCCAAGGCGGCGCCAGCCAAAGCCAAGUUGGCUCGCAGCGAUGCGGCGCUACCGGCGGAGAUCGAUGCGGGCGUGAAGGAGCCGGCGGCGAUGGGGUCUGUCGCAUCUGAGGAGGGAGUCGAUACGGGGACGUACGGCGCUCGUACGACGUCAGCGCAGGACGAGACGCCCGCCUCGCCUGCCGUGCCGAGGAAGGACACGACGUCGUUUCCGUCCAUUGAUUGGACGCUCGCGAGCUUUGGGGAUGGCGACUUUACGUUUUACUGGCCAUCGCUGCCGACCCAUGCGAAGGAGAAGCCGAGUCCGAUGGCGCUGGAUCCAUUGACAUGGGACGAUCGGGAUGCGUCAUCGACGUAUACGCCGUACCAAGGCACGUUCAACCCCUUUGACGAGCAGCUCACCGACGCCGCAUGGCCGUCCAUGAAAGCACGCACCGCCUCGGGACCGCCGGGCCUCGCUAGCGAUGGCAGCGCGACGCCUCGUCAUGCCGCGAUGUACUCGGCGCCUGCCUCCGAAGGCGGCUGGCCCACUACGCCAGGCUCGCCUGUGGUCGGCCCAGCGCCGCGCGGGCCGGAAGAGCAGCGCUCAGCGGCCGCUGCGUUGUUGGCGGCGCGUGCGCGUCAGCUGCAAGAGGCUGGCGAGAACGUGCCGGCGCAGUCGAUGGCGAAUGUGCGUACGCGGCUGGCUCGGCAGCAGCAAGCCCAGGCGCAAGCGCAAGCAGGCCAGAACGGCGAUUCGCAAUCGCUCCUUGCGCUUCUUCGUCGAAUCCAAGAUGCGCCCUCGACAACGGACAGCGGUAGCGGGACGCCGCGGGCGCAGACGCCUGUGGCCAUGACGCCGCCGCCGGGUCUGCAGCCCGUGACGGGCAAGCCAAAUAUGGCGACAGGUCUGCUCCUUGCGCAGCUGCUGGGCACGCCGCCAACGCAGCAGACGGACACGUUCGUAAAUAUGCCGAGCGUGCCAUAG